ACGAAACAGAAAUGAACGAGAGUUGGCAUGCAUACCUCCGAGAAGGAUGCCUCGUCUUCCAAAGGUUUCCAGAGAUUCACUUAGCAAUACUUGCCGCUCUCCUCGCCUACCUACUUCGCUGCACGACUCGUCGAGGCAGCAAGGUCGUCGUCAACUGGCCGGUUGUCGGCAUGCUUCCGACAAUCAUCGCCAACAACCACCACCUCCUCGACCACGUGACCUCCAUGUUUCAAGAGUUCGGCAACACUUUCAUGUUCAAAGGCCCGUGGUUCUGUGGGAUGGACUCCUUACUGACAUGCAGCCCCGAUAAUGCCAACCACAUGUUCAAUGUUCACUUCUCUGACUAUCCAAAAGGUGAAGAGUUCAUUGAGAUAUUCGAUGUUUUUGGGGACGGUAUCCUCAAUGUCAACGGGGACUUGUGGAAGGACCGGAGAAGAAUGGUUCAAGCACAUGUGAACGCGCCAAGGUUUCGGUCCUCUGUUGGCGAGCUCACCUUAAAAAAAGUGGUGAAGGUGCUCCUUCCCCUCUUGAACAAGAUGGCUGAAUGCGAUAAGGUGGUCAAUCUGAGCGAUGUGUCCAUGAGAUUGAUCUUCGACACCAUAUGUGAUUUGGCUAUGGGCGUGGAUCCUGGCUAUCUUGCUUCUGACUUCCCCAGCAUUCCGUUUGCAAUGGCAUUAGACCAAAUCGAACAGGUCCUCCUCUUCCGACACAUAGUUCCCAGGUUUUGGUGGAAGCUGCUGAGGAAGCUACGGUUGGGUAAAGAGAAGAAGAUGGCGGAGGCAAUGGAGGUGAUAGACCGUUUCGUCGACAAAUGUAUUCGCGAUAAAAGAGAGCGUGAGAAAAUUGGCGACAGCCAAAGCAGAACCAAAGAAGAGCGAACUGAUGUGAUCACGUCAUUCAUCAAUCACUCUGACGACAAGUUCUUGAGAGACACGUCGUUAACUUUCCUAGCUGCAGGCAAUGGCACCACAGGAGCGGCCCUCAUCUGGUUGUUCUGGCUAGUCACCAGCAACCCUGAUGUCGAGAAAAAGAUGCUAGAAGAGCUUAGGAAGCUUCGACCCUCCUCUAAGGUCAACGAUGAUGAAAAUGAUGAAAUGACUGUGUUCAAAGCUGCGGAGAUUGAAGCAUUGGUCUACCUGCAAGCGGUCGUGUGCGAAACCCUAAGGCUCUACCCAUCUUUACCUUUCAAUCAUAAGGUUGCUAAAAGGGACGAUAUCUUGCCCAGCGGCCACAAAGUUCAGGCUGGCACUAAGAUAAUCUUCUCCAUGUAUUCAAUGGGAAGAAGGGAGGAAAUCUGGGGGAAGGAUUGCUUGGAGUUCAAGCCCGAGAGAUGGAUUACGGAGAAGGGAACGCUGAGGCUCGAGCCUUCAUACAAGUUCAUCGCAUUCCACUCAGGAGCGAGGUCUUGUUUAGGGAAGAACAUGGCCAUCACACAGAUAAAAUUGAUCGCCGCUGCAGUGAUAUACAACUUCAACGUGCAGGUAGUCGAAGGCCACGCUGUUGAUCCUAAGAUUGCGAUCAUUAUUCAAGUGAAUAAUGGGCUGCAGGUUAAGUUGAAGAGGAGAUCGAGGAACACGGAUUGAUGAUGAGUAUUACGUAAGUAUAUGUGUGCAUUAAUGUUUGUUCUAGUGAAGCUGGAAUGUUGAAUA